CCUUGAGUACAUAUCUGUCGUAAGCGAUCGAAGCGAAGCUUCGGAACUCCUCCAUGAUCCGCUAUUUCAGAUCUCCAUCAGCUUCUGCCCUCAAUUUGUGACCCACGUUCCAUACCUUCUUCGUCACCAAUUUUCCGCAGAAAAUUUUGCAGCGAAAUGACAGCAAGGAAGCCUGGAUUAAUUGCUUUGUUCGAUGUUGAUGGGACUCUUACAGCUCCACGGAAGGGAGUUACUCCGGAUAUGCUGAAGUUCAUGCAGGAACUUCAUAAGGUUGUUACAAUUGGUGUUGUUGGUGGGUCUGACCUUGUUAAGAUAUCAGAGCAGCUUGGGAAGUCAGUUAUAAAUGAGUACGAUUAUGUAUUUGCGGAAAAUGGUCUUGUGGCAUAUAAGGACGGGAAGCUCCUUGGAACCCAGAGCUUGAAGUCUUAUCUUGGAGAAGAAACACUCAAGGAAUUCAUUAAUUUUACACUACAUUAUAUUGCUGAUUUGGAUAUCCCAAUAAAAAGAGGAACAUUUAUCGAGUUCCGCAGUGGGAUGCUCAAUGUAUCACCAAUUGGCCGAAACUGCAGCCAAGAAGAAAGGGAGAAUUUUGAAAAGUAUGACAAGGUUCACAAUAUACGCCCGAAGAUGGUGACUGUGCUCCGUGAGAAAUUUUCGCACCUUAACCUCACCUUCUCCAUAGGGGGACAAAUAAGUUUCGAUGUAUUCCCUCAAGGUUGGGACAAGACUUACUGUUUGAGAUACCUGGAAGAUUUUCAUGAAAUCCAUUUCUUUGGAGACAAAACUUACAAGGGAGGAAAUGACUUUGAGAUAUAUGAAUCAGAAAUAACUGUGGGUCACACAGGUCUGCUCUAUACUUCAGCUUAUUUAUUCCAAAAAUGCUCGACUUUUCUAUUUGCUAUAGCACCUUGUGAACAAAAUGAAUUAGUAAUUUGGGAAAAGAGAGAGCAGUUAAAAGUUAAAACAUGGCAUUUCAUUUUGUUUCAAUCUAUAUCAUUGUCAUAAUUGGAUGGAUGCAAAAAGAUGUGAGCCCAUCGCCGAAAGGGAUACAAUUGGUGACAAUUCAGUUGCAAUGUGUUCCAAAAGAUUUCACAAAUGGAACGAAAAGCACUUGUUUUAACUGCUACGUAUAAUGAAGUGGAUCAAUUGUAAUACUGGGGAUGGAAUGGCAUCAUUUUCUUUGACAACCCAAAUGAUAUUUGAAAUGGACGCGAGCAUCGAUGUUACUUCCUCCUGUGCCAUUUCAGUUUCACAAGUGAAUUUCUUGUUUGUUUGAUUUUCAGUUACCAACCCUGAUGAUACAGUACAGCAGUGUACAGAUCUCUUCCUAACCAAGCAAGUUUAAUGUCCCUGAGGCCGUAUCGACUUUGUUGCUGUCGGUUAUCUGCCCUUUGUAAUUUAAAGACAGAAAAUAAUGCACAGCAGAAAUAUCUGCUUGAUUGUGUGAUUCUGUUUCUAAGCUUCAAUGUUGUAUGCAAAAUGAUGGGCAUUAUCAUAUGCCAUAGAUCAUUAGAAGUUUCAAUUCGUUAUUUGAAUAAGAUCGCUAAGAUCGAUAAACAGUGCAAAUACUCUGAUAUAUUGUGAGAAGCUAAUAAUUUCUAUUCGGAGAGCUCAAAUAUCAUUUGAGAUUUCUUUCAUUA